GCUAACCUUUUAGAAUAGGCCCUCUCUCAUGCUGUGGUCACUGCAUCUUACCCAAACGGUCCAUGUGUAGCAACAGCGCUGUGCUACUCACUAUUUUUAAGACAACCCAAAUCUACCAGUAACCCAUACUGCUGAGAGGACCCAGUGAAUCCAUAGGAAUUAUAAAAAAAGAGAAAAUGACUGAAGGUGAUCGAGAACUUUCAGCUUUGAUUCAGGAGCUCUGGGACAAUGACACCAAUCGCCUGAGACCUGGGAUCGAUUAUCGCAUUUCUCUACAGGGUAAAGCGGGUGAUCUGGCAGGUGUUCCCGAUGACAGUGAUGGAGCAGGGAUGCCUUUGUUUUCAUUUGUUGAUGAAAACAUUUUCAAAAAGGAGACUUUCUUGGCUUUCAUCUCACUUCUGGACAACUAUGAAAGUGAUACUGGUGAACCAGAGAUCGUCACACCAGAGGAAGAAAUGGAAAACCAUAGGUUCCUGGAUUCAGUCAUUAAGACCCCCACUAUGAAGAUUGCCCACAAAUAUCUAGUGGAGAAGCGUCUUUCUCCAGAGGACACCACAGGCUUCAAACAGCAGCUGUAUAAGAUUUGGUUUGAGCUCUAUGCCAGGAAAGGAUCUAGUAAACCAGACUCCUCUGGUUUUGAACAUGUCUUUGUAGGAGAGACAAGAGGAGGUCAUACUGUCAUUGGGUUUCAUAACUGGAUUCAGUUGUACUUACAAGAGAAACUAGGACACAUCGACUACAAAGGUUAUAGUGUGAAUGCAAACUCGCCACAGCCAGACGAGAACAAACACAUGCUGGCUCUCCAGUUCAGUUGGAAGAACGGAAUUAAGCCCAAAGGAAGCAUCUUCAUCGGUGUGAGCCCGGAGUUCGAGUUUUCCCUGUACACUCUGUGUUUUCUCAUGUCUCCAAAUGAGAGAGUGAAAGUCUCGUUUAAUCUCUAUGAUGUGGAGAUCGUGUGUCACCACUACAAUCAAAAGCACAUCGGCACUACCUAUCCUGUCCUCGUAAAAUACCUGAAUGUAUAACCAGUCCAAGGUCCAAGAAUUGGUUGCAAGGUAUUGGUUGUGUAUUAUUUUCAAGAAGAAUAAAAGCCAAAUACUAUCAAUGU